AGCAUCCGUUCUAGACCAGGACCUUAUGGCGCCUGGAGCCAGCCUUUUCGCUCCAGCUAGUCGCACGGGGGCGCUCGGAGCCGCAGAUGUUUCUGCCACGACAGCCAAGCCCAACACUAACGCAGCGGCGAGCAAGGUCGAGCUAUAUCUUCCUGAAUCUCACCAGGUUCUCUCGGUUCACUUACCUCCCGCGCCAACUAUCCCCGCCCUGGCGGUCGUGCACCGGGGCUCAGGGAAAUCGGACUGGGUUCUACGCGACACUGGUCACGUGGUCGGUGAUGAGGACGUGGGAAUCUCGGAGCUGUGGCAAGGCAUUCUUGGAUGUGACCGCCACGGGGCGGAGACAAAUGUGGACGAUUUUUGGCGCGGGUGGGAGGGCCGUGUGCGCGGUGACGAGUGGGAGUGACCGAUGAAGGGCUCUCUCCCGGGGAGGAAGCAGGACAAGCUUGGCUGAUACUCACGUUGCAUGACGUCUGAUUACUGAGUGGUCUAGUUCAGGCCCUGCGCCGGAAAGACUGGGGUGCAAAUCCGGGUCC